AUGGGAAAGGCAGAAAAAACCACCGAUUUGAAGGUGGGCUCCGUCAAAACUGACCCCAGUCUCGUUGUGGGUGCUUUCUUCAACGGUUUGGAGAUCCCUGACGAUACUUCCUUUGACUUAUACCAGCAUCCAGUGGAAGAGGAUUACCUUCUUCAUGGAGAGAACAGUACCUUGGAGUACAACGGUCUUACGCUGGAAAACCAAGACAACAACGACUAUGUGGUUGCUCUUUACGACCCAAAGCUGAAGCUGGUGGAUCUUUACAAGGCUCCUCUCGUGCAAACCAGAGUGACAUCUAUAGAUAGCAGAGUGCACAAGGGCCCCAAGAUCAAGAGCAGAGGGUCCAAGUAUGUGGACCAGCGUUUGGCCUUGGGUCAGGAGUUCGGUACCAAAAAGGCCAAGGCCGCCAUUGCAUCGUUGGCCAGGAACAGAAUCGACUUGGACAAGUUACAGGACCUGGAGAUGGACAUUGUGGACAAUGUCAAGGAACUCACAGCCGACUUGCCCCUGGUUCAAGAGAUCCAGACCGUGGCAGAGAGCACCGUGGUGCCUCCAGUGAACGUGGACGCCACCAACGUCGAGGACAUUUACGCUUUGGACGGUAUUGUCCCACCACACGAGUUGUCUUCCAUCAGAGUCAAUGCAUUCUUGGAGGAGAGCGACCCCAAGGCUCGUUUGGAGCUCAUGCCAUACACGAAAUCCGCCUUUGUGGCUAGACAUUUGGAUAAGCUUGUGCUUACGUCCAACGAGAAGAAGUUGCAGAUGUUGUACUACGUUUCUUUGCUCAUGGGUGUGUACCAGAACAGAAGAAAGAGAGACAAGGCAUCUCUCAUGGAAGCCUUGGGCAACAAGCCCUCUGAGCUUCUUAUUGACGGCAUUUUGAAGCGUUUCACAGCUCACAGACGCUCGGAUUUGGGUAAGGCCAAGGACCGCUCGUUCCUCUUUGACACUCAUCACGAAGACAAGUUGUUCUGCCACUUGCUUGCACUCAUGUUCCACAUCGAAGGCUUCUUCCUUGAGUUGACACCAAUCUCGAAGGAACUCAACCUAAAACCUUCGAAACUCAACACUUUGUUCAAGGCAUUGGGCGCCAGAAUCCGUCCUGCUACCGUUGGCAUGGCCGAGGCUCUUGGUAUCCCUAAGAAGGAAGCUUCCACAUAUAAGAUUGCCGAGUUGAAGGUGCCAUUUACGCUUCCAGAGAUGGUCAGCCACCGCAGAAGAUAA